AUGUCAGUGUCGCCCUGCAGCAGUGUCGUUGACGAUGACGGUGUUGCCAACGGCCCUGCGCCCCACACAGCGGCCGGCGAAGCAGCAGGGCGGUCGAGGAAUCGCAAAGCAGCUCCGCCGCCGCCACCACCUCCCCUUCCAUCCAAAGAUAGCAACCCCGAAGAGUGUGCAAUUGAAUGGCCUGCCUCGUUCAAGGCCCUGGAAAAGACGCACCGGGCCCUCAAUCUCGUCUUCACCUUUUGCUCCACGCGGAAGCACCUGUUGACCACGUUCGACACGAUGCGCUCUGCUGUCGAGAGGCACACCAAGCGUCCCCUGACCGUCGAAGACGUGACUGCCGUUGUCGCGCUGCGUCCCGAGGGCAUCCGCUUUGAAUAUGUGGACGAGCUCAUGCUCCAGCUCGAUGCCAUGGGCGCCGAGAAAGACGACACCUUCCAGAGAGGCCGCCAACGUGGCUGGUCCUCUCAAUCCCUUGCGCCUGACGCCUCGGUCGGUGGUGUGACCGGCAACGAGGGGUUGGCGAAGACUGAGGAUGCCGGGAGGGAAGUGCUGUACUUCGAGUUCGUUGACGAGGACCUCAAGCGUCAGGUCCAGCACCGGAAGACGGGUGAACCCACAAAACCCAUACGCCGGCUGCGCGACGAGGACUUGAAGCUGCCAGUCUUCAGUCAGAAGCAGAUGACGGCUCUUAUCGAAAAGCGCAACACAAAAUUCGCUCAGGCUGUCACCCGGUUUCUGAACAGGUGCGUCGCUGAGAAGAUCGACCCCGAGAUGACGCUAAGGAGCGAGACCGACUUGAGAAUCCCCCGUCCGUCGGUUUCGCGUGAGGUGUCACCCCAGAGGUCGGGCCUAAAGGGCUCAUUGCCCGAUAGCAUUCCUACCGAGCGCAAAAGUAUUGCCGAGAUAGUACAAGAGUUGAAAGACAGUCCGUGGUAUACGGGGCAGAUUGUGCCGGACGGUCACCGCGUCUUUGAGGCCCAGGAGGCCGUCUACGGAGAUCUCAACUUCCUCCUUAGCCAGGAUAUGGUCAAUGCUCUGUAUAACUCGAGAGGCAUCACGCGGUUUUAUGCCCACCAGGCCGAGGCCAUCAAUAGCCUGCACGAGGGCCACAACGUUGUCGUGUCGACCUCGACGAGCUCGGGCAAGUCUCUUAUAUAUCAGCUGCCGGUGCUGCAUGCCCUCGAGGAAGAUCAUAACUCGCGAGCAAUGUACAUUUUUCCCACCAAGGCGCUGGCGCAGGACCAAAAGAGGAGUCUCAAGGACAUGAUAAGUUACAUGCCCGGUCUCGAGUACAUGCUCGUCGAGACGUUUGACGGCGACACCCCCAUGAGCGACAGGAACACCAUCCGUGACGAGGCGCGAAUCAUCUUUACGAACCCGGACAUGCUACAUAUUACCGUCCUACCGCAAGAAGUGCGCUGGCGCUCAUUCUUGAAAAAUCUCAAGUAUGUCGUGGUCGACGAGCUACAUUACUACAACGGACUCAUGGGGUCGCAUGUCGCCUUUGUUAUGAGGCGGCUUCGACGCAUCUGCGCGGCGGUGGGGAACCGACAUGUAAAAUUCAUCUCCUGUUCGGCAACUGUGGCGAAUCCCAAGCAGCAUUUCGAGACCAUAUUUGGUAUCGAUGAUGUUCGUCUGAUUGAUUUUGACGGAUCUCCAUCUGGACGCAAGGAAUUCCUCUGCUGGAACACCCCUUACAGAGAUCCUGGAGACCCGUCGAGUGGGCGUGGCAGUGCGCUUUUUGAGUGUGCCCGUCUCUUUUGCCAACUAAUCUUGCGCGGUGUCCGUGUCAUCGCCUUUUGCAGAGUCCGCAAGCAGUGCGAACAGCUAGUCGGUGCGAUCAAGCACGAACUAGAAACUCUCGGGCGGGCAGAGUGUACGUCUCGGGUGAUGGGGUACCGCGGCGGCUAUACCGCCCAGGACCGCCGGCGGAUAGAGACUGAGAUGUUUGAAGGGAAGCUCAUGGGCAUCGUCUCUACCACCGCCCUAGAGCUCGGCAUCGAUAUUGGCACCCUGGACUGUGUUAUGACCUGGGGUUUCCCCUAUACCAUUGCCAACCUCAGACAGCAGAGCGGGAGGGCCGGGCGCAGGAAUAAGGACUCACUGUCAGUAUUGGUGGGCGACUGCUUCGCAACUGACCAACAUUACAUGCAAAACCCGGACGAGCUCUUCACCAAGCCCAAUAGCUCCCUGCAGGUAGAUCUCGACAACAUGCUCGUCAGGGAGGGACAUAUUCAGUGUGCGGCAUACGAAAUGCCCAUCCGGCCCGCCCAAGACGUCGUAUAUUUUGGCAAGGAUCUUGCUUUGGUCUGCAAAGAGCGCCUGGUCCAGGACGACACGGGCUUUUUUCACUGUCACGACAGGUUCCGGCCGCAGCCUUCGCGAUUGGUCUCCAUUCGAGAUACCGAGGAAGACCAUUUCGCCAUUGUCGACAUCACGCACGGUAGGAAUAUCGUGCUUGAAGAGCUAGAAGCAUCACGGGCUACGUUCACUAUCUAUGACGGCGCAAUUUUCCUGCACCAGGGCGAAAAAUACUUGGUCAGGGAUUUUAACGCAGAGAAGAAAAUGGCCCAGGUUGAAAGGGUCAAAGUGGACUGGACAACAACCCAGCGCGAUUACACGGAUAUCGACCCCGUUGAGACGGAGGCCAUCAAGCGCAUCGCGGGGUCGCGAUCCAGCGCAUAUUACGGCGCCAUCAAGAUCACGCAGGUCGUCUUUGGAUUCUUCAAGGUAGACCGGAACAACCGUGUUCUGGACGCCGUACAGGUCGACAACCCACCCGUGAUUCGCCACAGCAAGGGCACGUGGCUCGACGUGCCCGAGCGGGCGCUCGACAUUCUCGUCGAGCGGCGGCUCCACGUUGCCGGCUCGAUCCAUUCUGCGCAACACGCCAUCAUGAGCCUGAUGCCCAACUUUGUCAUCAGCAUGCCCGGCGAUGUGCGAACCGAGUGCAAGAACAGCCUUAAGGAGUUCGCCAAGAGGGAGACGCGGAGAAAACGGCCGGCACGGUUGACGUUUUAUGAUGCAAAGGGGGGCGCGGGUGGUUCAGGGAUCAAUACCAAGGCAUUUGAGUUCAUAGAUCUGCUCCUCCGCCAGGCGCUGGAGCGUGUAACGGCGUGCCGCUGCGACAAGGGCUGCGUCGAAUGCGUCUGCUCAGAGCUGUGCAAGGAAGCCAACGAGGUCAUGUCCAAGGCCGGCUGCGGAGUGAUCCUCAAGAGCCUCCUCGAUGUCGAGAUUGACGUCGACAGCCUUCCAAUGGGACCCGAGGAGCUGAGCCCGGUCGGCGUUGAAACGGUCGUGUUGGCGACCCCCGUGCCGCAGAAGGAGCGGAGCUCGUUGCGGGCUGUUGGUGCUGUUCUCGGGCGAGGUGAUGGCGAAGGCGACGGCCAAGACGACCAAGACGACCAAGACGGCGGCCAAGACGGCGGCCAAGACAAUCAGCUGUUCCAACGCUCGCCCUAG